GACGAAGAAUCGCCAUGAUCUACAUACACAGCACCAUUUGAUCGGGGAAAAUCCUUGGGUUCUGAAGGGGUGAAGUUCCAAGCUCUCAGAUGCUCCGGACGCUCAUACGUUAUGAAAUAUAUGAUGUAUGAGCGCUUGAUUACGGGCUCUCGAGACAGUUUGAUAUUGCCAUUCAAUCUAUGCUGUUUCCGAUGGAGAAAUUGGUGAGAGGAGUACAGAAUGUGAAUCGGAAGCGCUGGCCACUUGUUGUCCACCUGUUGGUCUUCAUUACAAUUUUGGAAACAGUCGUGGCACAGUUAUCGAACACGUCCAGUGCAGGAACAGAUUUUGAGGCGCUUGUGAAUAUCAGAAACUCAUUCGCAAGCACUUCUCUUUCUACAAAUUGGACCGGAUCGAACUUUUGCAGUAAUUGGAUAGGAGUGACGUGCAACAACGAAAGCCGGGUGGUCAAUCUGACUCUGAGUUCGAAGUCGCUCGCUGGUACCAUUCCUCUGGCUCUUGGAAAUCUUACUAGUCUAGAGACUCUUGAUCUUCAUGAUAACCAACUCAUAGGGUCGAUACCAAACGUCUUCUACAAUCUUUCCUUUCUCAAAGUCCUAGACCUUGGUCAAAACCUGCUUCACGGACCUAUUCCAGAUUCAGUGUGCUCAUCCUCAUCAUCGAGUCUGCUAAAACUAUCUCUGGAAAACAACAAUCUAACAGAAACGAUACCCACUCAUUUAACUCUUUGUACAAACCUGAAAGGUAUUUAUUUGGGUGGAAACAACUUCACUGGAUCUAUACCUAAUUCGUUUAGAAACCUUUCCAAUCUUGUAACUCUUGACAUUUCCUUCAACAGACUAACGGGGACCGUCCCGUCCCUUCCAGAUAGCUUAGAGACUUUGGCACUGAAAAAUAACAUUCUGACGGGUAAUCUCAGCAAUCUGUCUGGAAAUCUUCUCCCGAGUUCCUUGCAUAUACUGAGUUUAUCGGCAAAUUCGCUCGAAGGUGAAAUUCCAGGAGAUCUUGGCAACCUUUCAAAACUGAACAAGUUGGAGCUCAAUGACAACAGGUUUCAUGGAUCCAUUCCCGACACAUGGCAUCGGGAAACACAAGCAAGUCUCGAUACUCUAGAUUUCAGCGUAAAUAAUCUCUCUGGUAUUAUCCCACCCAGCAUUCAGAACCUUACAGAUCUGACGGUACUCAAACUGGACCGUAAUCACUUAUCAGGGAGUAUUCCCGGGUCAUUAGUGAACAUGCGUCUUUUGCACACCAUCAACCUUGCACAGAAUAACCUCACUGGAGAAAUUCCGCCUCAACUUGUGAACCUCUUGCACGUCAGUAUGCUCAAUCUCAGUUGGAAUCAGUUGACUGGUGUUGUCCCAGACGGAUUCUUCAGUCUAGAGCAGUGGAUAGGUGCAAUUCUCAGAUUUGACAACAACUCAGGCCUUGAGAUGAAUGUUGCAGCAGCCCCGGCAGUGAUUGCUCACGAGGUUUCACAACCAGCGGAUGGAAAGUCCUGGACGCUUACUAUCAUUCUUACUGUCGAUGGAUUGCUGGCUUUGGUUGACGCUUACGCUCUGUUACUUUACUGGAGAGUACGGAAGCCGAAAAAGGAGAAGAAUGAACCUGUAUCUAUGUGCGAGCCCAGCAUCGAAUUCUCGGUGUCUGUGGAAGUGUUGAGGAAAGCUACCAACAAUUUUCACGAGGACAACAUCGUGGGACGUGGUGCCAGAAGCAUCGUCUACAAGGGAACGGUGGGAAUUGGUCAGAUAGCUGUCAAGGUCCUGAGGAAGGAGAACGCAGAGAGGAGCAGAGAGUUGCUGCUCCGAGAGCUCCACACUAUGGGAAACGUUAGACAUCGCAACGUAUUGAGGAUUCUAGCAGUGUGCCCCGAAAUGGACAGUCUUGUGCUGGAAUUCAUGCCGUUCUCCAGUCUCGAGUUCUACCUGUACAAGAUGGUCGGUAGAGUCUGCCUCAGUUGGGAUACCCGAUUCAAAAUUCUGGUCGGUAUUGCACAGGGCUUGGUUUAUCUGCACAGGGAGCACCAAGAAACAAUUAUUCAUUGCGACUUGAAGCCCAGCAACAUUUUGUUGGACGCCGAUUUUGAGCCAAAGGUGGCGGACUUCGGCAUCGCCAAGUAUGUGCACACUGGCACUAGCGGAGAUGACUCCAUGUGCAGACUCUGUGGAACCACCGGCUAUAUCCCUCCGGAGUACGCAUGGGCAAGUCUGGCGUCAACCAAAGGAGAUGUUUUCAGUUUCGGCAUUGUGCUUCUCGAGACUUUGACUGCAAGGAAGCCUUAUGAAAAUUGGGAUGUCGAGGAAGGGCAACCUGGAAGCUUGGUGGAAGUCGUUAGAUCUGCUUAUCCUGAUAAAAUCAUGAGCAUCUUGGACGCCAACAUGGUCGCACUGGAACUCGUUGGCGGAUUGUAUCGACAAGAGGUAACGCUGGUAAUGAAGAUUGGUCUUCUGUGUACGCAGGACGAUCCAAGGAACAGACCAGAUAUGAUAGACGUUCUGAAUAUGCUGACAGAGAUCAAGGUACAGAGGUAUACGGAAGCUAAAAGCGAAAAGCUGCCUGAUGUUCUUGAGCUUGCAAAUUCUCCAACUAUUUGGGAUUUCGAGGAAAAUCAAACAUCACCCAUAUUGCGGAUGACGGAGGAAACAAGGCUCGAGGAUUGGAUAGCGAGGAGACAGAGGUGGAGGAGUUGAAAGCAAGAGGGACCCGUUGAUCAUGGUAUUGGGCUUCACCUUACUUUCUGAUUCCCACCACUCUUAGCAGAUGAUUUUUCUUUUCCAAGAUAGCGACAGCAAGGUAAUAAAUAACACGUCAGCAGGACCCAAUGAUGACGGUUAGGUUCUUCUUCACCAAGACCACCGAAGACCACCGAAGGUCAGGUUGCGUGCCUAGUCUCCGCACCAAACGAAAGUCUUGAAGUGCGUGACAUCUCCCCUCACUGUUGUAGCAUAUUUGACUUCAGCUCUACAUCUACUCGUAAUAAGAGCAGCAUAAUUCGGCUUCUCUCAUCUCUUACUAUGAGUAUGCAAUUGGGUUCAGAUUCUUGAGAAGAUACAUUAACGUUGAUAAUAUAUUGCACUUCGCUGUCUCAUUUGUGGUGUACAUUUAAGACAUUUCACUAGUAUUUUGACAGCAGACAGUUUAGAUCAGGACUCUUACCUUUCAAUUCUCAUUAGCACCCUCGAUCUGCCUCUCUUAAAUGGUGGAUCUACAUCGAAUGAGGAAAUCAUAUGCAGAAAAUCUACUUGAAGUACUAUUUCUGAAUUUUAAUUUCGAACAUCUGU